AUGUUCAAGCUUGCCCGUGGUCGUCCCGUUGCUGCCGCCCUCCGGGCUGCGACUAAGGUCUCCGCCCCUUCAAGAAUCGCUCAGCAGCAGCAGCGUAACCUGUCCAUCCACGAGUACCUCUCCGCGCGCAUCCUGAAGAAGUACGGUGUUGGUGUGCCCAAGGGUGAAGUCGCUCACACUGCUGAGGAGGCUGAGGCCGUUGCCCGUUCCAUCGGUAACGAUGACAUGGUUAUCAAGGCCCAGGUUCUUGCCGGCGGCCGUGGUAAGGGUCACUUCACCAACGGUCUCAAGGGUGGUGUUCGGGUUAUCUACUCUCCUACCGAGGCCAAGAUGUUCGCCGAGCAGAUGAUCGGCCAGAAGCUCAUCACCAAGCAGACCGGUGCCGCUGGUCGCGCCUGUAACUCUGUUUACAUCUGUGAGCGCAAGUUCGCUCGCCGUGAGUUCUACCUCGCUGUCCUCUUGGACCGUGCUACCCGUGGCCCCGUUAUCGUCGCCUCGUCGCAGGGUGGUAUGGAUAUCGAGACUGUCGCCAAGGAGAACCCCGAUGCUAUCAUCACCACCCCCAUUGACAUCCACGUCGGUGUUACCGAUGAGAUCGCCCGCACUAUCGCCACCGACCUUGGUUUCUCCGAGCAGUGCAUCGAGGAGGCCAAGACCACCAUCCAGAACCUCUACCGUGUCUUCAUGGAGACCGAUGCCACUCAACUCGAGAUCAACCCCCUCUCCGAGACCUCCGACCACCAGGUUCUGGCUAUGGACGCCAAGCUGGGCUUCGACGACAACGCCGAGUUCCGCCAGAAGGAGAUCUUCGAGUUGCGCGAUGAGAGCCAGGAGGAUGCUGAUGAGGUCAAGGCUGCUGAGCACGGCUUGAACUUCAUUAAGCUGGAUGGUGACAUUGGCUGCCUGGUCAACGGUGCCGGUCUCGCCAUGGCCACCAUGGACAUCAUCAAGCUGAACGGUGGUAGCCCCGCUAACUUCCUUGACGUCGGUGGUGGUGCUACCCCCGCUGCUAUCAAGAGCGCUUUCGAGCUGAUCACCAGCGACCCCAAGGUCUCUGCUGUCUUCGUCAACAUCUUCGGUGGUAUCGUCCGCUGUGACGCUAUCGCUCAGGGUCUGAUCAACGUUGUCAACGAGAUGAACCUGCGCACCCCCAUCAUCGCCCGUCUGCAGGGUACCAACAUGGAGCAGGCUCACAAGCUGAUCAACGAGUCUGGUCUUAAGAUCUUUUCCAUUGAGGACCUCCAGACUGCUGCCGAGAAGUCGGUUCAGUUCUCCAAGGUCGUCAAGAUGGCCCGUGAGAUCGACGUUGGUGUUGAGUUCACCCUGGGUAUCUAA